CGUUUGCCGUCACGUGACUCCCGAAUAGUCUAACGCCUACUUCCGUACACAAUGAAACACAGGGAUAGUUUUUUUUUGGUGCAUUUUUUUUUCUUCGCACGUUCGGCGAUAGUUUUACUCAACAUAAUAAUAACAAUAAUAAUAAUCAUAAUAAUAAAAAUAAAAAAAGAGUUAGUAAGAGUUAAUCACGUGUAUACAGAAGUAAUUUAUUAUUUUAUGAAAUAGUUGAUUAAAAAAAAAGUUUCUUCCGCCUUGCUUUAAUGUAGUGAGUUUUUAUUAUUAUUAUUAUUAUUAUUAUUAUUAUUAUUAUUAUUAAAAAUAAAAACAGAUCAUCAUGAAAGUAUUGAGACUGAACACACAUCCAGCCUCUGUGGCUUACUCCAUGACUACACUCGGAUCCAGUAUGAUGAACAGCAUUUUUAGUUUUUAUUACGUCAAGCUGUUCCUGAACAAGUACAAUAUAUCAGAAGGAGCUUUCCACAAGUCCCAGGUGGUGUAUCUGAUCUGGAACGCGCUGAACGACCCGCUCUUCGGCUACCUGCAGGACAACUCUCGCAUUUCCUGCUGCUCUCAGCGAAGGAUCUCCAUCCUGUACGGCGCUCCGUUCUACUGCCUGGCCUUCCUGCUCGCCUGGUUCCCCUGGCGAUCGUACGAGGCGGGGGAUUGGCUGAGCGGCUUGCACCUGGUCAUCACGCUGUGCGCCUUCGACGGCUUGCUGACCUUCGUGCUCCUGGCCCAGUGCGCCCUCUUCGCCGAGAUCUCGGAGAACCACCAGAACCGGCUGAGGCUCAUCAAGUACAGCCAGGUGGCGUCUCUCGUCGGCUCCUCCAGCGUGCUCUUCUGCGGCCUCGUCUCCGACAACAUGGACAACUUCUUCUCCUUCCAGCUGUUCUGCGUGUUCGUGGCGCUGCUGGGAUGCGCCUGCAUGGUCUACACGGGCUUACACAGCCAGAGCCGCUUCGACGCGAAGGUCACGGAGGCGAGUUCGCAGCAGCCGCCUCUGUCGCUCGCCGCCGUGGCUACCAUGACGCGCCAGAUCCUCACCAACCGCGACUUCCUGCUGUUUGUAAUCAUGAACUUUUUCCAGGUCUUCCUCUUAGCCUUCUUUAACAACUUCGCCAUGAUCUUCGCCGACCACCUCAUCCCGGCGGACGUCCUGCCGUCGCUGGCCAAGAGCCUCAUGUACGGAGCCGGAUUUAUCUGCCCCCAGUUACUGGUGUUGUGCAGUCAGAAUCUGCUCCAUGGGAUUGGGUAUUACCGCAUCAUCCUCAUCACCUUCGCUGUGGAAGCAGGAGGCGCCGCGCUGAUGCUGCUGCUCGGGUCGGGACAGUACUACUGCCUCGCUGUGUUCAUCACCGUCAACAUGAUUUUGAUCCAGGCUGCUUUCAGCCUCUUUAACCUGCCCCUGGCCGACCUCAUCGACUUGGACCUGCAGAAAUACAAGCGCAGCUCUCCGCUCUCAUCUAUGGUUUUCGGGACCAACGCGCUCUUCACCAAGCCCGCCCAGUCUUUAGCGCCCAUGUUGGUGGUCUCCAUUUUAAACCAGUACGGCUACGAGGAGCUGAAGGACGGGAGCGUUAUCGAUCAGAGUGCACUGGACGCGCUCCACAGCACCAUGUUCUACCUGGUCUGCUUGGUGCCGUUAUUCAUCACCGCUCUGCAGUUUCUCUGCUGGAAGCCGUUCUCAAUCAGAGACAGUCACACGAUUGACUCAAAGAGCCCUUGGGAAGAUUGAAGACGUCGUGAAUAGUGAGAUUAUACGUUAUUACAUUAAUGUGAUAUACAGAGAAAAGACAAAAACGUACAAAAUUGCACUGGACCUGACUUGAGUGGGAAGAAUUAUGAAAAUGAGCCCGAGUGGACGUGCCUCAUGCGAUGACAGAUGUCUGGUGUCAGUUCUAGGGGUGCCAAUAAUUUUUGCAAAGAAAUUAAAAAAAAAAAAACAUGCCCAGAACAUGUACUAGGAACUCAAAAAACCUAAACACUUAAAUCCCAGAUAAAACAUUACUUCUAUGAGAAGUCAUUCUAAACAUCAUCUAUAUUUUAUUGUCGUGUUUUAAAUCAUUUGCAAGAUGAUUAAAAAAAAACAAAAAAACUUCGUAAAGGCACAAAACCACUUCUCCCACAGGAUAUAACAUAAUCUUUACCAGUAUUUCCGUUUUCUGCAGGAUAUAAUUACCUGUUGUUGUUGUUGUUGUUGUUGUUGUUUUUCUUCAAGUCCUUUUAUAGUUGGUAAAAUGUGGGAUGUUUCACGACUCAUGAAGAUCUCUACAUUCUGUAAAAUCCUAAAGAUACGCCAGUAAUAAUUACAUCACACAUCCUUCAUGUUAAAUAAAAAAACACAACAAACACACACACACACACACACACACACAAAAAAUACAAACCCCUGACCCAGUCCAAACAGAGCUAAUAAUGUCCAUUUGGGCUCCGUUACACGAAGGGUGCCAAUAAUUUUGGAGUUCAGUUGAAAAAAGACUGACCAAAACUGAUCGGAGCUAGGAUCAGGUGACAGCACGGUGCAAGAAAGUCGGUUAGUCUCGAUUUCGGCUAGCCCCGGAGAACGUCUUACGACACGGGGCGUUUUCAUCGGUGGAUGUGAAAAACAAAAUGGAGGAAGGAAAACAAAAAGAACGCCUUUUCAAAUGUGCGCACUUCAGUGUGAAGGAGGCAUUACAGUGGGAAUGUUGUUGUGGAGGCUGUAUGGGUAUAAAUGUCUGGCUGAUGAACGGUACUAGGUGGUACUAAAGGUACCCUGGUUAAGAUUCUGCACUGUGGAUACGUAGAAGGGUGUGAGUUUAAAUCUCAGCACUGGCAGUAAACCAGUCCUCCAGGAACAGUGUAAACACUGAGCUGCUCGGCUGUGUGCUCGGAUAGGAUCGUAACGUGAUUUAAAAGUAAAUAAAUAAAUAAAUCAUCCUGGAUAAAAGCAGCUGGCUCUUUUGAAGCACCAGUGAGGAACCUAAGUGCACUUUACUGCAGAUGAAAACUGUUUGUGAUGUAGGAUGUAGGGAUAUUUUUUUUUAUUAUCAUUAAACAGUGACGUCAUACACUAUGAUCACCAGGUUCUACUGUGCAGGGGAAGAUUGUUUACAAAAGAAAGGUACUUUUAAGAAAUCCUUUUCUUUUUUUUUUUCCUACACCCAACGGGCCUCGUUUAUCAAGUCGAAUAUUGCGUAAUUAUUGUCGUAUAAUAUUCCGUAAUUAUCGUCGAGACGUCGUAUACGACAGGAUGAAGAUGAAUCUACGGUUAUAACGAAAGUUGUGAAGGAGGAACCGAAGAAACGUCCACACGUCACACACCUCAUAUGACUGGUCUGAGGAAUCGUACGAGCCAAUCGUUAGGAUUUAACGUUUUACCGCUUCAUAGAACUGAGACGCUUAGCAAGCGUGUGUCCGUUGUAGCCGAUGGCCGACACGCUGCAGUGGCUGAGCUGCGUUAAUGGAAAAUUUAGCACGUAACGCUUUCUCCUUUUAUAGGGUGCCGUUACUUUUGUUCCGCCCGACCGGCUAGUCUUAUUCGUCUUCAUUUAUGGAUUAAAUUUUGUUCGUGUCCAGUUUGAUAAACGAGGCCCGACACCAUUUUUCUAUACGUAUUACUUUUUGUAAUGUGACUUUUGAUGUAGGAUUGAUAUCCGAGGGAACAAGUGUAUUUUCUUUUUUAUUUUUUUUGGCAGAAAGGUGUGUUCAGUGUGGGGGGAAAAUAAAUCAUUACGUUGUGUAAGAAGCACAAAUAAAAAAAUAAAAAGUUUACUCCA